AGGAAAACCACCCCUGCUGCUGCCCUGCAGGCAAUGGAGCCGGCUCCUGUCCUCCUCCUCCUGAGCUCGCUGUGGGGCUGCAGCGGGCGCCCCGCUGACAGGCUGGUGGUGACACCGCGGGAGCCGGUGGUGCCGUUUGGGGGCUCAACAGAACUGAACUGCUCCUUGGCCUGCGCAGGGGGCACGGUGGAGUGGAGGGGACUGGAUACUGCCCUGGGGACUAUCACCUCCUUCCCCACCCACAGCAUCCUGCACAUCAGCCAAGCCACUGUGGCCACGGAGGGCAUGAAGAUCUGCCAGGGCAGCUGCCACGGGCGGCACUACCAGCAAACCGUUGAACUGAAGGUCUAUGCCCUCCCAGACACACUGCAGCUGGAGGCAGUGCCUCACACCCUGUGCCCGGGGCACCCCGCCUGCCUGCGCUGCUCGGCCGCGCGCGUGCACCCCGUCACCGGGCUGGCCCUCACCUGGUACCGGGGGCACCAGGCUCUGGAGAACACAGACUUCGAUGCCUCAGAGACCGAUGAGGAGCUGUAUGACAUUGUGUCCACCCUGCCUGUGGGUGGGACAGGGGUGGCAGAAGGGGUGGAGUUCAGGUGCGAGGUGACGCUGCGCGUGGGACAGGAGACCUUCACCCGGGUGGCAUCUGUGGUGGCGAGUGCUGGGGCCACCUCCGUGAGGAGCCCCAGCACAGCUGGGCCCGUGACCACCACAGUGCUGCCCCUGAGGCCGAGUGUCCCCACACAUGAUCCCACCACAGCGCGGGAACUUGAUGCUGGGACCACUCUGGAGCUGGCUGCUGCCACCGAACCCUCCUCCACGGAGCGGGCUGUGACACGGGACUUUGUCACAGGCAGUCCCGUGGCUGCUGCCACGCUCUCUGGCUCUGGCACGAUGGGCCCAGGGCCAUCUGUGAGUUCAGUGCCCGCCUGCAGCCUGCGGAUCUGGUCGCUGCCCCCCACGGGGACACGGGGCAGGGCCCUGCGCAUCGAGUGCCACGCGCAGUGUGCCGGGAAUGCCACGGUGCACUGGCUGCGGACCCCUGCCGCCCUCUCUCAGUACCGGGAGGAGGCCGUGGGUGGCAGCUCCGUGUUGUGGCUGGACCACGCUGAGCCCUGGCACCAGGGCCACUACCAGUGUGUCCUGCUCGGCCACCUCGCCCAGGGAGUCAGCCUGGAGCUGACGGUUGUGGAUGGUUCGUUCAGCUCCAGCCCCGCCAUUGCUGCAGGGGCAGCGGCCUCACUGCUGGGGUUCAUCGUGACUGCCGUUGUGUCUCGUCGCCUGUGGAAACAUUUCAGAUCUCGGUGGGAGCUGUCCUAGGAGUGGGAGCAGCCCACGGAUGCCCCCACCCCCCAGCCGUGUCCCUGCUAUCCCCUUGUCCGCUGCUGGCCUCUCCCGACCCCUGGCCGGCCAGAAGAAGCAGCAGCAGGAGCUGUGCCUGCAGCCGCCGCGGGAAGCAGGGGCUGGAAGGGCGAUGAGCAGCGGUGUCACAGGGACGGGGCCAGGGAUGCUCCCGGGACUGGAUCCCCGCGAGCUCGCACCGGACACUGGGCUGGUCGGACGCUCCCGGAACCUGCGAUGGGCGGGAGCGCGACGGCCGCUCCUGUGCCACGACAGAGGGUCCGAGGGAGCCCCCGAGGGAGCGUGAGCUCGGCGGGCGGGGGGGGGCGGUACUCCAAUAAAGAGCUGUUUCUGUUCGA